GGAGUUGCGUUGGGGCAUGCGGGGUCCGGAGGCUGCUAGCCUCAGUGCACGGUCUGGUCCACAGUGCAUGGUCUGUGGUUCAUAGACCACGGUGCAUGGUCCACAGCCUCCAGUGCAUGGUUCAUCGUGCACGGUCCACGGUCUGCGCUGCAUGGUGCGUGGUCCAUAGUGCAAGGUCCAUGGUGCAUGGUCUCCAGUGCGGUCCACGGACCAGGACCAUGGGCAGACUCCGAGCAGCCGCUGCUGGCGUCGGUCGCAGGCCGCAGCCGGGCACGGGGCCAGCGAAGCGAUCGUCCGGCAGGUGCAGGGAGACGACGGCGCCCCAGAGAGGAGCGAGCUGUCCAGCGCCUGCCCAGCCGUCUGCCUUCCAUCUUUUCGUCGACACAGCCGAGAUCGAGGCCUUUCGGACGUCCUUGCUCGCCUGGUACGACAGAUGCAAGCGGGACCUUCCCUGGAGGAGACUGGCCGUGAGCGAGCCGGACGUGGACAGAAGAGCGUAUUCAGUGUGGGUGUCGGAGGUCAUGCUGCAGCAGACGCAGGUGGCCACGGUGAUGGACUACUACACGCGCUGGAUGCAGAAAUGGCCGACGCUGCAGGCGCUCGCCGACGCGUCGCUGGAGGAAGUGAACGCGCUGUGGGCCGGCCUCGGCUACUACUCGCGGGGGAAGCGGCUGCAGGAAGGAGCUCGCAAGGUGGUUUCCGAGCUGGCAGGUCGGAUGCCCCGGACGGCUGAGGAGCUGCAGAAGCUGCUGCCGGGAGUGGGGAGAUACACAGCAGGCGCCAUCGCCUCCAUCUCCUACGGGCAGGCCACGGGCGUGGUGGACGGGAACGUGACACGGGUCCUGUGCCGCCUGCGAUGCCUCGGCGCCGACGCCAGCAGCCCACCCGUCACCGAGCACCUCUGGGGCCUGGCCCACACGCUGGUGGAUCGGGCCCGGCCCGGAGACUUCAACCAGGCGCUGAUGGAGCUGGGGGCGACCGUGUGCUCUCCCAAGGCCCCGCUGUGUGCGGAGUGCCCCGUGCGGCCGCACUGCUGGGCACAGCGCAGGGUGGAGAAGGAGCUGGAAGUUGCCUCCAGGAGACUGCUGGGAAAAGCCCCCUCCAGCUGCCCCCCAGGGCCUGACAUCGAGGAGUGCGGUAGCCGCCGGCGCCUCGGGGAGCUGCCCCUUGUGCCCCCCUGCCUCGGAGCCAUGGGACAGCAGCCUCGGCGUGGCCAACUUCCCCAGGAAAGCCGCCAAGAAGCAGCCCCGGGCGGAGCGGACGGCCACGUGCGUGCUGGAGAGGAGCGGCCGCUGCGGGGAGCCGGAGUUCCUGAUUGUGCAGAGACCCAGCUCAGGCUUGCUGGCGGGGCUCUGGGAGUUCCCCAGCUUGCUCGUGGCCCCGGGGCUGAAGGAGAAGCAGCAGAGGGAGGCGCUGGCGGGGCACGUCCGGGCCCAGACGGGCACGGCCGUUGCAGCAGGUCGCCUGCGGCACGUCGGGGAGGUCAUCCACGUCUUCUCCCACAUCCACCAGACGUACGUGGUGUACUCCCUGCUCCUCGACGGCCCCAGGGCCGCGGCGCCGGUGAAGCGGGAGGAGGAGCCGGAGCUGCCGGCAUCCCGGUGGGUGACAAAGGCCGAUUUCCAGGCAGCCGCUGUCUCCACGGCCAUGAAGAAGGUGCUGCAGGCGUGCGAGAGGCAGAGCCGCGAGGAGAAGAUGCCCCGCACGGUCUCCAAGCGGAAGCGGGGUGCCGCCCUCGAGGAUGCCCCCCGCCCGCCUGGCCGGGUGAAGGCAGGCACGGAUGCAGAUGGCGGCCUGGCCAGGGGACAGCUCUCCCUUCACGCCUUCCUCAAAGCAAAGUGACUGCUGUCUCCGGCUGGAUCGGUCAGGAUUGGACCCCACCGACCAGAGGGUCAGCCUGCGCGUGGUCGACUCGGAUGCAGGGUGGACUCGUCAUCGGAACAGGACGUUUCCUGCAGGGUGAGGCGCCAACACCCUUCCCUGCCAUCUCCCCCCUUGGUAAUGGUGGGGUCUGUGUGCACCUAGGGAUGGGAAAAUGAUGCCACAGGGAGCCAGCUGCAUCUCCACCCGCUGCCCGUCUGCUCCUCCCAGCAGCCAGAGACCCCUGCGAGAGCCCUGCCGGCGGUAGUCCUGGCUCUCUGGAAGGCUAUAUCAGAUGCUGGUCGGAGCACCAGGUGCCGGUUACUUUUAUCUCUGCUUUUACCAAUGUUUUCUUAAUAAAUCCUCUUUUUUAACUGA